AUGCAAUUAAAGGAAGUGAAAUUCGAAAAACUCACAGGAGAUGUUCCUCAGGGACCUGAGUUUGGAGAAAGCAGUGAAUUUGAAGGAGACAAAGCCCAAGAAUAUCAUGAAUUUGGGAAAAGUUUCAUUCCUGGCUCCAAACAUGUUCCACAUCCAAGAAUUUCAAUAGGAGAAAGAUCACAUCAGGGUGAUACAUGUGGCCCAAGCUUCAAACAGAAUUCAGAUUUAAUUAAACAUCAGAAAAUCCAUGCAUCAAAGAAAUUCUUUAAAAAUAAUGAAUGUGGAAAAUCAUUCAAAAAGGGCUCGGUUCUUGAAUAUAAGAAAGCUAAUGCUGUGUGGAAACCCUAUGAAUGUAGAGAAUGUGGGAAAACUUUUAGCCGGAGCGCAACUCUCCUGGAACAUCAUAGCAUUCAUACAGGAGAAAAGCCUUAUGAGUGUAGUGAGUGUGGGAAAGCCUUCAGUCAUAGCUCUACCCUGAUUCAGCACCAGAGAAUUCACACUGGAGAGAAACCUUAUGAGUGUAAUGAAUGUAGAAAAGCCUUUAGUCGGAGUUCAAAUCUUAUUGAACAUCAUAAAAUUCACACCAAAGAAAAACCUUAUGAAUGUAUAGAAUGUGGUAAAACCUUUAGCCGAAGUUCAAACCUUAUAGAUCAUCAGAGAAUUCACACUGGAGAAAAGCCACAUGAAUGUCAUGAUUGUGCCUUCAGCCGGAGCUCAUCCCUUAUUGAGCAUAAGAGAAUUCAUACUGGAGAAAAACCUUAUCUGUGUAAUGCAUGUGGGAAAGCCUUUAAUCAACGGUCAGGACUUCUUCAACAUCAGAGGAUUCAUACUAGAAAAUAA